ACAACUGGAUGGAAACCCUUUUUGCUGUACAGUCCUCAUAUUUAAACAGUCGGUCGCAAGUGAAAUAUGUCACUAAAAACUGAAGCAUUGCAUGAUCUUGGUUUGUUCAAUCUAUAAACUCUUUCUAAGAGUGACGUUUCAUAUUGUUAUUGAAGGGAAGCUUAGAGCAUAUAAGCUUCCUUGUGACGGUAUAGCCCGAUCCAAUUUCUCUGCGAUCCAGUAUUACCGUCUCCAUUUCUACUACGGAUAAGGCGAAACGCGAUUUACUGUAGUGCAGCUUCUCAUUGGUUGGAGCGAUUACAUUAGGCAAGCAUUCGCACAUUUACUUUCUGCUUUGCUCCUGAACGUCGCAUUCGAGAUUGGACAAACUCUACAAUGAUGAUGGAAUUUGUUGGUAUCUCACUGUUGAUCGUCUGUUCUUGUGUCGUAGUCGAUGGUCAGGGACAUGGAGGAGGAGUUGCAGACUCACAAGAAGAUCUUGAAGCUGCGCUGAACUACCUUAGCAAGUACCAGGGCCUGCCGAUGUCCAACGACCCAAACACAAGGAUGUCUUUGAUAAGCCAUACCGAUCUUGCUUCCACCAUCCGCAAUAUGCAACUGUACAUGAAUGUGCCCCUGACAGGGCGCGUCGAUGCAGCUACCAAGGCCAAGAUGACCCAGCCCAGGUGUGGAGUACCAGACCCAACGGGUCAAGAUGCGGCAGGCCACGCCCUUGGUGGUAGAAUGAGAAGAUAUACGCACACUGGGGGAAAGUGGGAGAAUCCAAAUCUAACAUUCCGAAUCCUGAAUACUCCUCCAGAGCUUCGAAGACGUGAAGCUGAAGAUGCGAUCCGAAAGGCCUUCAAAGUGUGGGAGGACGUCACUCCGUUAAAGUUCACCGAAGUUCGCGGUGUAGAAAGGGCUGAUAUUUAUCUCAAAUUUGGUGCUGGUGCCCACGGCGAUCUUUUCCCCUUUGAUGGACCGGGUUUAACGUUAGCCCAUGCUUUUCCACCGCAGAGUGGAUGGGAUGAUCUCGAUGGUGAUGUGCACUUCGAUGAUGACGAGACUUUUACAGUAGCUACAUAUGAUGGUACAAACUUGUUCCAGGUAGCUGCUCAUGAAAUCGGUCACAGUCUCGGUCUAGGUCAUUCCAGUGACUCACAAGCCCUCAUGGCACCCUUCUACCCUGGCUACAUCCCUGACUUCCAACUUCCUUACGAUGAUCAACUUGGAAUUCAGAGAAUUUAUGGAAGUAAGAGACCCCCUGUUGAGCCACCUACAAAGCGACCUCAACCUGGACCUGAUCCUGGACCUAGUCCUGGUCCUGACCCAGGACCUAAACCUGGACCUACUACCAAGGCACCUGAUGGAAGAUGUAAGAAGACCUAUGACGCCAUUACACUUAUCAGAGGAGAAUUGUUCGCUUUUCAGAAUGACAUCUACUGGAGGCUACGGUUUCCACAGGAAUUGAUCUCCCGUGACACCGGCGAGCUAACAUCACACUUCUGGCAGGCAUUCCCAAAUAAAAUAGAUGCCGCCUACGAGAGAUAUUUUGAUCACAUGAUCUUCUUUUUUAAAGGAACCGAAUACUACAAAUAUAAUGGAUUAACCCUAGUUAGCGGGUAUCCAAAACCAAUCAAAAGUCUUGACCCAAAGCUACCGGGUAAUUUGGAUGCUGUUAUCGGAUUCCCAGAGUAUUCCAAGACAUACUUCAUCAAAGGUCGAAAAGUUUGGCGAUUUGACGAACUGGAGCAGAGAGUUGAUGAUCAGUAUCCGAUAAACAUCAAACAUGUAUUUCCUGGUGUGCCGAGUCCUGUAUCAUCUGCUUUUAUGCAUAAGGACGGUGCAGCUUAUUUCUUGAAGGGUUAUGAGUACUACCGCUACAAUGACACAUUGAGAAGCGUGGAUGGGCCCCCGCGUAGAUUCGGCGUUGACUUCUUGGGAUGCGAUCCUGCCAAACUUGUCCAACUUGGUCUAGAUUCUGGCAAUAGAACCGGAGGUCAUGGAGAUAGCAACAUCACCAGGCCUUCAAAAACUUUCACAUUGCUUUUAACAGUGGCAGCAAUUUUGCAUUUGUUUCACACUAGGUUUUACUAGGUUGUACUUUGAUAGGAUUCUUUUCAUUAAGCAUUACACUUCUUCCGAAUUUGGAAAUAAUGAGUUAUGUUAAACAGAGAGAUGGCAUUAUUCAGUAAAAAUUCUAAAUAUAUAAGUCGCGUAUGAGAAAAACUCAUGCCUAUAGUCUGACAGAAGUAAGGUUAUCAAAAUGGUCAAAGCACUUUGCUUACCUAAAACUGCUGAAGAAAUGAUCGAGCAUUAGAAUAAUAAUUAUUAAAUGUGGGACCUGUUCUUUGCAACAAUCAUGGCAAUGCUAUGAUGGUAUUGUGAUGCAUAACGAUAUCUAGUGUUCUGCUGGCGACUCGUAGGACUAAUAAAUGGUCUUCGAUCCCACAAAGAUAGCACUAUUGCAAGCCAACAAAACACAUCUCAGACGAAUGGUUUCUGAAUUGGUCGAGCCUUGUAAAGCACUAGAAAUUGCUGCAUUGUCGACCGAUCAUGUCUCCUCGGUCUCCUCUUACUUCGGAGACGUCGUAGGGGUGACACUUCCUCAACAUCGCCACAUUGUUUGAGACAGAACAGUAUUGAAAGUAUUGAAAGAACAGUAUUGAAAGAAAAUGAAAAUGUUUGAAUGUCAUACAAGUUGCUACAAACACUGCUAUAGUUUGUAUCGAAUUUGUAGAGACGUACCAGAGACACGUCUGCAACCAGAGUUGACUCGUUGGUCUACACUAACAUGACUUAGGAGAUGUGAAUACGUUUCACGCAUGGAACUUGUUAUCACGUGGAAUGACAGUUACCCAAACAACGUAGGGUGGAUUCUAAUAACCCUUUGAAAAAUUGACGAAUGAGAGGUUGCAUUAAACUGCUACACGUACUAUAAUUCAAGAUUAGAUAAUAGAAAUAAAACGAUUGACAGUCUGAUAUAGCACACUUGAGAGAACAUGUAAACAUCUUUCUUAAUGAAAUAUCUGUAAAACGAUUAUCAGAAAUAAAACGCAUCUAUAAAAUAUGCAGAUUAAUACAAUUUCGAAGAAUGCCGAGUACAUUUUCGCCGAAUUAUUGUGCCCAACCUGAAAAUUAUUCAGAAAUCAUCAAUAUUUGACUUGUUUUAAAAAUGACGCGUGAAAAAUCAUGUUAGAUAUUACAAUAAAAAAUAGCUGUAAAAUGGAAGUUAAGGACAUGGAAAAAAAUAUCAGAGGAACUUUCAUUUCUUUUUCAUUUUUACACAUUUGUAAAUAUGACUAUGAAAAUUUGUUUUAGUGGUGGUGCUGUAACUUGUUAAUCCUAGCUGCUUCUUGUUUGAUAUUUAUGUGAGUGUACAUUGUAUCAUGCUGUAGGAAAUUCUUAUAUUUCAGUAUUUACCCAAUGUAAAUAGUUAUUCGUUUAGAUUACUUCAAUUUUUUUUUAUAAUGGCCUACAAUUAGAUUUGACAUUCUUGAGCAUUGCCAUAAUCAUGAUAACUCGCUGGCGAGUCUACGAAAUAUGUGCAAUCAAAACUCAUGCUUUCUCAGCUAUCUCUCGGAAGAUAAGUAACCCACAAUAUUCAAAGAUAGUCGACUGAGUCGAUAUUGUGCAUUAUUUAUACAUAAUUGGAUACUCUGUUAAUGCAGGGGAGGUAAUCUGGUCCCUUAUCACGCUCUUUCAGAGUGAGAUGAGGUACCAGUCCUGAUGGAGUGAGAUUUUCAUCUUUCAAGAGUAAUUUUCAACCCUUUUGGAGUUAAAGUGAAAAACAGAUGCACACUUUCACUCCUAAAAAGUGAAAGCUCACUCUUGAAAGACCGAAAUCCACUCCAUCAGGACUGGUUCCUCAUCUCACUUUGAGAUGAGCGUGAUUAGGGACAAGAUUAGCUCCUUUGCAUUUACGAGCAGGUCUACUAUAUAAUCAUCCUUUCAUUUUUCAACAUAGGUUAAAAAACACUGCAUUUUGUUGUUUCUUUAAUACACUUGCUGGCAAGUGUGGUUUCAAUAUUAGUGCAAAUAUUUUGCAAGUAUAAUGUGCUUAAGAAUUCACAUCGUCCUUUUCUUAUAUACAUAAUCCUAGAGAAAUCUUUUGCAAGAUUUAAGAAUAAAAUUACAGUUACAACCAACGAAACCGACUCCAAACCGACCGAUGUGAUGUCAUUUAAAAUAUUGUAAUAGUUUGAUCGGUUUAAUUGGUGUUACAGUGACUACAAAAUUACAUGUAUAUAUGAGAAACACUUAAUUUUGACCUAAUGGUUGUGAAAUGUUUUUUUAUCUAAUUACUUUUCUCCAACUUUUCAGAAAGUGCAUACAUGCAAGCAUCUUAUGCUCUCCACCGAAAAUAUUGUGGAAAGUCACUUUCCCUAAAAGUUAUAUAUCAAAUGUAUGAGAUUUUGCCUGUUUUUUAAUCAUUAAUUGUUGUAAAUUGUUACCGCGAUACAAAAAUACAAAAAACUAAACAAUUAUUUGGUCGUAAAUACGUUUCUUUUUUUUUCUACCCGACUCUUAUAAAAAGGUUCAUUUGUAUUUAUAUGUGUACAUUGAUUUUUACCACGCUUUGUUGGGUUCUCCCAACAUCUACAUUUUGACAUUUAUCGUUUCCUGAAAUGAAUUUUCUUUGUAAUAAUUACCGCUUCUGCAAAUACAAUGUCAUCUUAUUGAA